AUGAAAUUCGGAAAAGAAUUUUCUUCACAGAUGGUGCCUGAGUGGCAGCAGGCUUACGUGGACUACAAGUAUCUCAAAACCCUAAUCAAAGAUAUCAACCGCUUCAAAUGCAAAACCAAUCCUCAAGGCCAUGAGAUGAAAACGGCUCUGCACCGCACAUUCAUCGGUCAAAAGAGACAUGGCUUUGGCAGCGGUUGCGGUCAGAUCAGCCCUUCUUCGACAGUGGUCGACAUUAACGACGGAAUAACGACGGCGCCAAUUCAUGUGAGUUCUUCGGUGACUCACCAGUACGAGACGACGUUUUUUAUGACGGCGGAGAGAGGAGGAGAGUAUGAGUUGGUGUUUUUCCGGCGACUAGACGACCAGUUCAACAAAGUGGAGAAGUUCUAUAAAGAGAAAGCUGAUGAAGUGGUGAAAGAAGCGGAGGUGCUUAACAAACAGAUGGAUGCGCUGAUCGCGUUUCGGUUUAAGAUGAAGGAGGAGCGUACGGCGGAGAUGACUCUCAUGGCCUCACCUAAUGCGGUUUCUCCGGCGGAGCUCGCCAAAACGUCUAGUAAGAUCGGUAUGGGAGUCAUAGAGGAAGGAGGCUCCAGUGGAGCUGGUCGAUCCGAUGAAAAUGACAAUAACGUUGAGAAAGACAGUUAUAGCAAAACAACACUCAAACCGGCCAAUGACAUGAGCAAGAUGAAAGAUACGACGAGACCAGCUUCGAUGGGAGUUCUAAACUCCGUCAGGAUCAGCUACACUAAGGGAACGCCUAGUUCCACCAUUAAAAGCGUUCUCAAAGUCUCGAACGAGCCAGAGCUCACAUUAAACAGAUAUAAUUUAAGGAAAAUCGAGGAGAAGCUAAGAUGUGCGUUCGUAGAGUUUCAUCGGAAACUAUGGUUUCUUAAAAGCUAUAGCUUUUUGAAUGUGUUGGCGCUUUCGAAGAUAUUGAAGAAGUAUGAUAAGGUAACUUCGAGGGAUGCUGCGAAGUCUUACAUGACAAUGGUUGAUAACUCUUGCCUUGGAAGCUCUGAUGAGGUUAUGAGACUCCUUGAUCAUGUUGAAACUACAUUCAUAAAGCAUUUCACAAAUGGCAACAGAACAAAAGGAAUCAACAUCUUGCAACCUAAAGCUAAAAGAGAGAGACACCGACUUACAUUUUCCACAGGUUUCUUGGGUGGAUGCAUGUUUUCCCUCGUUGUGGCUCUUGUCGCUAUCGUUCGCACCCGAAACAUCUUACAAGAUGAACGCCAGGAACAGUACAUGAACUCAAUGUUUCCUCUUUAUAGCUUGUUCGGAUUCAUCGUGUUGCACAUAAUUAUGUAUGCUGCUAAUAUUUAUUUUUGGAGGCGGUAUGGAGUAAACUAUUCCUUCAUAUUUGGAUUCAAACAAGGAAAUGAACUCGGCUACAAACAAAUACUAUUCGUGGGAUUCAGCAUUGGUGCGCUUGCGCUUCUUUGUGUCCUUGCCAAUCUUGACAUGGAGACAAACCCCAAAACUAAAGAUUACCAAGCAUUAACUGAACUCCUUCCUCUUUGCCUCCUCAUUACUAUGCUCAUAGUUCUAAUCCUACCAUUCAACAUUUUCUAUCGAUCAAGUCGCUACUUCUUUCUCAAUUGCCUAUCUCGCAUUCUUGCUGCUCCUCUUUGCAAGGUGACAUUAUCCGAUUUCUUCUUGGCAGAUCAAUUAUGUAGCCAAGCGCAAACUCUUCGAAGCAUUCAUUUCUACAUAUGUUACUACGGUUGGGGAGACUUCAAACAAAGGCAAAACACUUGUAGAGAGUCACGAGUCUUCAACACUUUCUUAUUCAUUGCUGCUGCCUUCCCAUUCGUUUCUCGCUUCCUUCAGGUACAAAACUUGAUCUCUACGAAUUGAAUAACUAUUUUGUUAAUUCAAUAAUGUUAAUAUGUAUGAUCACGUUAUGUUUGUGUAGUGCAUGAGGCGAGUGUUUGAAGAGAGAAACAUUGAACAAGGGUAUAAUAGUUUCAAGUACUUUUUAGUAGUAGUUGCUGUUUGCUUAGGGAUGGCUUAUGAAGUUGAUCGAAAGAAAGAUAGUCAAACUAUCUGGAGAUGGUCAGGUGGGGUUACUUCUGCCAUGGCUGUGGUUUUCUGUACGUACUGGGACUUGGUUCAAGACUGGGGACUUCUUAACCGAACAUCCAAGAAUCCGUGGCUACGUGAUGAACUCCUAGUACCCCACAAAGAAGUUUACUUCAUUGCCAUGGUAAAAGCUUUGAAAACAUUACUUUAAAGAUUGUCUUCCCUCCGUUUACUUGAAAAUACAAAGGAAAAUGGCGAGCUUAGCAUGGGCCCGCAAAGUGCAGAACCGGAAGAAUCUUGAUUGAAAACAAAGUUGAUGGAGGGUAUUAACUAGGGUCUUUACAUACCCCAUUUGAAUUGUGCAACUCGAAUAAUGAUCGAGCAGACAAUACCACAACCUCCCUAGGCAUUAAUUAAGUUAAUGUUUCAAGAAAAACAACUGAUUCUUAAACUUAACGCAGAUCUUGAACGUGGUGCUGAGAUUUGCGUGGCUGCAAACAGUGCUAGAUUUACAAUUUGAAUCAAUUAACACACAGGCGGCGAUUGCCUUUGUUGCAAGUCUUGAGAUCAUUCGUCGUGGGAUAUGGAAUUUCUUCAGGUUAUGUACUACACAUUAGUUUAGUUUGUUAUCUUAUCUUACUUUAAUUCUCAACUAUCUUAGAAUGUGUUUACGUUUUAUAUAAUAAAACAGGUUGGAGAACGAACAUUUAAACAAUGUCGGGAAGUUUAGAGCUUUCAAGACAGUUUCAUUACCAUUCAACUACGAGGAAGACCAAAAAAUAUUAUGUGGCCUUAAUUAGUGGUAAGUUAAUCGGCUUUACUUCAGCUUUAGCAUGAUAUCGCCCAUUUGUAUUACUAGUAAGUACUAGGUUAAGAUGGAACCAACAUUAAAUACACAUCUUUCUACAUACACUAUUAUUUAUUUUGCAAUUUUUACAUAUUAUAAAAUAAUUAAUAAAUACAUAUUGAAUAAUUGAGAAGCAAGUAACUAUUACAUAUAUAAUUAAAUUAACACAAAAACAUAAAUCAAAUAAUCAUUUUUUUAUUUACAGUCUUUUUACGAGAAAUAAAUCAAAAUAAUCAUAUUUACCUAUUUUCUAUGGUAUAUAGUUAAAUUUAAAUCAUAUUAACAUACACAUAUAAUUUUUAAUAUGGUUAUCUAUUAAAUAAG